AUGACCGUUCACACGUUCAAACAUGGACAUGCACCGAGCAAGCUCCGCCCACAAAAGUCAGGCCCCGUCAGACAUCCGUCCAACACAUUACAUCAUACCUGCAAAUCACCGAGGACUCGAGUAAACAAUGAUCUGAUUCACUGGUUACUUGCAACAUCCGACCCAGUGGUAGCUACUUCCCAGAAGCCAAGGUCUCUCAGAAAAUAUAAUUCAUUAUCCCCAGACAUUAGGUCGCUACUUGAUGAGCCAAAGAUUGAGGAGUACAGGCAGACAAGCACUCAUUCAGACGAUGACGAUGAGCAUGAAGAAUGUGUAGACCUUGACUGCACAGUUGUGUUACCAAGGGGAGCCCCCAAGGUAAAAUGUGACGCAAUUCAGGGAUAUGGAGCAGAGCUGGUCUUUUGCGACCCAACUCCCACUGCCAGGAAGAAAAUGUCUGCAAAAAUAGCCAACGAGACGGGCAAGACAAUCAUCAGCUCUUCAGAUAAUUAUGAUGUGAUGGCAGGGCAGGGAACAAUAGCCCUUGAGCUAUUGGAAGAGGUUCCUGAUCUAGAUGCAGUACUAGUGUCCACCAGUGCUGGGGGUAUGUUAGCAGGGAUAGCUGUUGCUGUGCGAGCAUUGCGACCCCAAUGUAGAGUGUAUGCCGUGGAGCCAGUGGGCAAAGGGUUGCAGAAGUGCCUGGAGGCGAAGGAGAGGUUAUGGCCAAAUCCCUCCAGGUUCCUCAACACUAUUGCUGAUUCCAUAAGGCUGCAGGCGAUUGGGGAGCUGACUUUCCCAAUCAUCUGUGACUACGCUGAUUCAAAAGUAUUCACUGUCACAGACGACCAGAUGGUGGAAGGGAUGAAGCUCACAUUUGAGAGGAUGAAGUUGGUGGUGGAAGCUGCCUCAGGGGCGGCUGUUUAUGCUGCUAUUCAUAUGAUGGAUGAGGUGCAGCCCCCCCCUCGCAAGGUGGGGGUUAUUCUCUGUGGUGGCAACACAGAUCUUGACAACCUGCCAUGGCUCACACGCUCCACCACUUACAACUGAGGGAAAACUCAUUCACAACAUACCAGUGGAAGUUUUGCCCCUGCUUUGAAAUUUUUGCUGUUUUUAGAUUUCUGAAAU